AUGACAACCAUGGUGACAACUAUGGUGACAACAAUGACAACAACAUUACUUGGAGCAGAUCAACAGCUGUACAAGAUAGGAGAUGCCAUUCAGUGGAAAUGGGGUGCGAUGAGCAUGGGUACUGGGCUCAAUGGCCCAAGGGUUUUGAAAAAUGGAUGUGCAAGACAAUGCUCAAGCUACAUCCAAGCAGCCAUGAUACGAUGGACUGCAAUGACCUAUGAGGAAAGUCAGUGGACCAUCAAAGAAAAACUAUGCAAAGCGAUCCAACAAAGCUACUAUGAAUGGGGCAAGCAGUCAGAGCAAGCUGAAGGCUCAAAGGUGUACAGAAGCUAUGAGAUAUACAGUGCAACAACUAUGGCAACCACAAAGUGCCUGAAGAGAGACAUUCAAAGGGAUUUUGUGGACUUACACCUGAGGACAGCUACCAAGGGUAGCAUGACAGCAAGUAUCAGAAUUGCAGCAAGUUACCACAUUUUAGGGAAUACAAAGUUCUACAGGAUGGAAGGUCAUGCAAGGCUGGAAGAGCCAUUCAAUGGAGAUGAGGGAAAGCAACUUGCAAAGAAUGAUGAUGAUGAUGAUGCUUGGCACAAACCAAAGGCUGUGCAACACAAGAAUAGCCAUCCCAUGGACAUGGAGUGUGAUGGGGGCUACCAAGCUCAAACACUUGAGCAAGUAUCUAUGACAAACUAA